AUCCACGACACACCGGAAAUGGACCCGGCCAGUGAUACCGUCGUCAACCCUAAUAAACCCCUUUGAGGGCAACUUACAAGGCGAGCAAUUUUGCGCAAUACCAUGCCACCGGCAUUGAAGACGGACGGAGAAGUCCAAGCCAUUGAAAACAACGGUCAGAUUCAUGCGGCGCCUCGAAGUCCUCCGGGAUCCGAUUUUGGCCGGUGCAGGAGUAACAAGGAACCUGUUUUUGCGCGGCCGGUGUCAGUGGAACAGAGCGCCAGCGGGUGCACAGAAGGAACGCUAUGCUUGGCCGCACAAAAGGAAGGCUCUGCCGCUCUCGAGCUGUCGUUGAACGUCAGCACGCGCAAAGCAAAGGGCAGCGUUUUUCUUCAAUGCCAAGCCAAACAAGAGUCGUGGGGGCGGUCGCGUGGAACAAAUGAGAGAGAAGCAGAACGGGACACGCAAACUGUGUGCCCCGAUGUCCACGUCAUCCGUUCCCGCAGUCCCAGCCACUUGCGACACGUGGCACGACAUGAUGAUAAUGAUGACGACGGUGAUGAACAGGAUGAUAGUGACGAUUACGGUGGUGAUGUUGAUCUGGGCGACGAUGUCGCUGACGAGGAUGACGAUGUUGAUGACGAUGAUGAUGUCGAUGAUGAUGUUCGUGAUGAUGAUGAUUGUGAUGAUGACGAUGAUCAUGAUGACGAUGAUGACGACGAUGAUGACGAUGUUGGUGGUGAUUUUGAUGAUGGCGACGAUGUCGCUGAUGAUGAUGAUGAUGUUGUUGAUGGCGUUAAUGAUGUUGAUGAUGAUGAAGAUGUUGAUGACGUUGACGAGGUUGAUGAUGAUGUUGUUGAUGAUGAUGAUGAUGUUGAUGAAGAUGAUGAUGAUCACGAUCACGAUGACAAUGAUGGUGAUGAUGAUGAUGAUGAUGAAGAUGAUGACGUUGAUGGUGGUGGCGACGAUGAUGGUGAUGAUGGGGGCGAUGAUGAUGAUGAUGAUGGCAAGCAAGAAUCACGGGGUCGCUCGCGAGGAAAGAACGAGCGGGAAUCAGAAGGGGACACAGAAACCAUGUGGCCCAAUGUCACUGACACCCUUUCCCUCCGUCCCCGCAACUUGAAACAGGUGGCGCGACGCGGCCGCUCCCAUGGGCUGGCAAACAUGCCUGACACGAGGGCAGGCAGAACAACACUUUACGUUGAAGAGGGCACAACGCACAUGAUGGCGCUGCUCUUUGACAUCUCACAGUUCUUCGAGGAGGCGCAGUUCUUCGACGACGGCGAAGUGCACACGAUGGCGCAACUCUUCGACAAGGGCUCAACGCAAACGGCGGAGAUGUUCCUUCUGGGCCGUGGAUCAGAACCUGCCGUGCACGGUUCCUCAGACAAUCGUAAAUUUCGAAUCACUGCGGACUACGGAUUCUAUAAAAUGCAAAGUCCGCUGAGAUCUGAACUUCUCAUGCACGGUUCGUCGGAAAACCGUCGACUUCGGACCCCGGCGUGCUUCACCUUUCGGGUGGUGCGGGUUCUGACUUUGGACUUCCUAGCGACCGGUGGAUUGCCACAACUCCACCCGAAAUCGGAUCUUGGGGCAUACACUGCGUCUAAUGCCAUGGGUCGCACAUCGAGAGACAUGACGCGUUUACGAGUGUCUCCGUGCCCGUGUGUGUCGUCGGGCAUGUGCGCGUGGUGUGCAGGUUGUGUGAUGGAGGGGACCUUCUCGACACCACGCAUCUUCGAGUCAAUCUUCUCGAGACCAAAGGCCAUGAGUGCCAAGACGCACAUUCGCUUAGCAGAACCUUUUCGUCCUUGUGCGAAAUCCAUGCGGCAUUUGAACGGUGUGACGACGAUCCACGGAGCGACCGCAGAGGACUUCGACGAGGACCCAUGGAUGACCGUCGUUCCGUGCAGGGACGCGCAUCUUGACGACUGGGGCGAGGGCAAUUGGGCUAGUAUGGAGAGUCACUGCCCUUGGGCAAGCCAGUACAAGUUCGCGAAUAUGUUGGAGUUCGGGGACCUCAUCCCACUGCCUGACGCCGUCCUCGUACAUAAGUUCCUGAACCAUAUGCGGAAAGCACUAAGCUGCAUUAGCCGCUAUUUCAGUCGCCUCGAGUGCCACAACGUCAGGUCCUCGCCACGAACUUGGGGUGGCUCGCGGAAACAAGAGUUGGUGGACUGCGCUCGUCGCUGCUCGUUCCUGGACCACUACCCGCUCUGUUGCCCCGGGAUUUCUCCACGAGCUGUGUCGUACUGCUGUGUGCGGUUGACUGUGUCCGGAUCUGAUUUCGCCAGAGUUAUGUGUGUCGCUGCUUCGAACAAGAGCAGGAAACUCGUCGACGCAGUUGUGCUCGUGUCGCGCAACGAGGUUGUGAUUGAAGGGUCCAAAUUCGUGCCGAUGCGUGGGCCUGAACGUGUGGAUGGGUGGCCAGAUUUGGUGAUAGCAGAAAAUAUGUCUUCGUCCAGGGGCGAAGGGGAGCCUGCAGCGACCUCCGGGAUGGGAUCUGGGAAAGAUUCUACAAAACGGUCGUCUACGACCUCGAGGACGUGGUCCGACCAUGCUAGGUCGAAAUGGUUCGUCGACUGGUGUUGUGCUGAUGCUACGAACCCAGUCCAACAGUCGUGUGGUCCUGUGAUCUUCGUCGAAGCCAACAAGCGCCGCAGGGUUCUGGGGGUUGUCUUGCGGUGGGAGAAUGCGAAAGGCAGUCGUCGACGGUCUUACAUGAAAAAUGUGUACGGUUCGAAGGGGAACGUCGUCGCCGGUGCCAAGGGGGCAGUUCUCGACAUGUGUCUGUUCGAGGGGUUCGGAGUGGGUGCUGCGAACACCCCGUUCUACAACGACCUCCGGCGGCAGGGCGGGUUUGUUUUGGGCCGAGAGUUCUUCGACCUGUUGGAGGACAAGGGCAUCGCCCUCGACGUCCCUUGCGAAGUCGGUCCCGACCUGGAACCGUCAAUGCCUUUGCAGCCGUGCGGCGGUUGUGAGUCGAGCGGGGCAGCGGGGGGGGGGGGGGAUCKGGGUUCCGGGGAGGCUACACAUGUGCAGCGGGAGGAUGCCAGAGGUCAGUUUGACGACAGCGAAGAUGAGGCGACACCGCGUCCGCCGUUUUCGCCGUCGAGGGAAAGAGACAGGUCCGUGCUGUCCAUACCUGGGGUCCGGCAACAGACCGCAGCGGAUCCCGGAGAAGAGGGAGUCCUGUGUGGGUCUGACUUGGAGCCCGCCGAGGGCCAUGGCGCGGAAGGCGAGACCGUGGGCGGGGAGGGAGCGCACGGCACUCCCCAAGAAAGGAGGGGAGAAUGUCAAGAAGAGUUGGUGGGCUCUUCGAAGAAACAGAAGACCAAGACCCCGAGGACUGCGGGAGAGAAACGGAAGGGGAGGGGGGUGGAAGAGGGCCACCCAAGUAGCAAACGUCCAGCUUCGAAACAUAAACAGCCUGAGUCGGGACCUUCUUCACCACGGCCUGCCAUCGACGUGGACGUCGGGUACUUCCUGGAGUACAAAGACGGCGUCAGGACAAGGCGGGAGUUUGAGAUCAGCCCGGCUCAGAUCGUUGACAUAACGGAGUGGGAGGAUCUUUACAACCAGCGGUCGCUAGAUCCCGUCCUUGUGGAAACGAUAAGGGAAGCAAUGCGGUCUGCGUUCGAAAAUAAAGAACAGACGUACGAGUUGCCGGUCUUCAAGCUCGCACCACUGGGGCUUCAAAAACCAACUCCUGGGACCAAAGCACAACGUCUGAAGCCAGAGGAGUGGAAGGAUGAGCUGGCGGGAGAAUACUACUACUACUCGGUGUGCGGGCAGCACAACGCGGCUGCAGCUAAGUCGCUGCUCGGUAGCGAGGUGGCCAAAAAGUACAAUUUCGAGCGGUGGCCGGCACGGAUAGACAAAAAGAAGAACCUGAAGGCACCUCCCAGACAGUUGAAACUUUCUAUGAAAAACAUUCGAUGGGAGUGGAAGCAUGACAGCUGCCCGAGAGCUGUGAUGGGGAACCCUAGCGGGAAACAAGAUCAGGUCCAGGCUUGGCGUAAGUUUUGUACAACGGCGCUCCAUAAGGCACCGCAAAACAGCUUGUGGCUUCUCGCGGAUCAAAAGGAAGAGGAGGUCAUUAAGAAGCAAAAUGUUGCCCUGCGUUCUUACUUACCUCUGGCGAUGGCCGGGGAAAAUGUCUGGAAACUGGCCGUGGAAUUUUUUGAAAAAUGGGAGACGGGCAGAUUGCUGAGCCACGCUGGGGCGAAGUGGACUGUCAAAAAGAAGAAGGUCAAAAGCAUAAAGCCUGGGGUCGCCUACAUCCACAACGACAAAUUGGGCAGAACGGAGGUGGUGUACAACGUCCCCGUGGACCCGCCGAAUAAAAAGGGCAAAAAGGAGAAAGAGGAGGGCGAUUGGUUCGUGCAAGUGCCAGACCCGAACGCGCAUUGUUGGAAAGCAAUGGAAUCACUCACGGACAAUGAGAAGUGUCGCGUUCUGAAAAAGGUGUUUGCUUGCGAGAUCGUUUGGGUCCAGGUCGGCUCCCCGUCGUUGGCGAAGUUGGGAAAGCUCAGCGUGCAGGACAUGGUUCAGCUGGUGAAGUGCGACCGCGUGCUGGUCCGGUUGUGGAAUUACUACCAAUUCAAGCACAAGAAGAGGCUGGACGCGGACGGGAUCCAAAGGUACCCUUUCCUGAAAUCGAGGUCUGCCGUGUUCAAGAAGUUUGAAGGUCAGGGAUUGGAUGACGAGUUGUGGGAUAACAGCAGGAAACACGUUUCCGGCUCGGCGCUGUUCAAUGAUUGCCCGCCGUACAUGGGUUGCGACCAGAACAACUCGAUUGAGGUGACGGAGAAGUUGGUGGGCCACAAGAAGUUGUCCGUCGACUGGAGAAACAAGGUUCUCUCCGUGUUGAAUGGAAGCAGACUGAAGAGCCGGGGAGUCGCACUUGCCGAAGGCGUCAUUCACAUUAAAUGGAAAGACAMGGGGGACGUGACAUCCAUCGCGCUGUUCGCCAACGACCCUUUAGAGGCGGACAUCAGGGGCGCGGAGCUGAAGGAGGCAGUGGCUGCCACAAAGAGCCACACGUUCGUCCUCGAUCUGUGCGAGCCGGUUGACCUCAAACUGUGGAAGCCCCAAGCGUGGGACACUUUGAAUUCCUAUCUUCAAACGUGGUGUCCCUCGCAUUGGACUCUCGUUGUUUUCGUGCCACGGCAGCACAACCUGUCGUUUCUCGCCAGCAUGCACCAUCUUUCUUUCGUCAAGUUGUUGGAAGGGAAGUGGGUGCGGAGAGUGCAGCAAAAUAAAAGCUUCCCCGUUGGGAACAAUUUGUACACGGAGGAAGAUCGCAUGUACAUCCUCUUCAAGGGUGACGAUCCGCGCGUCAACACGUCCGUGGUCUAUGAGGGAAACCUGCUCACGGGUGUCGCUGCUGCGGUGCGAUUGCCUCAGGGGGUCACCCAGAUGGAUGUGUCCGAGAUUCCUUUCACGCCUUGCGACUACAAGAAGGGAGAGGGUGUCGUGUUCCUUGGGAGACCGCACGCGCGAAGCGUCUGGGAGCUUCUGAAGGCCGGCCGACACGUUGUCGCAAUGGAAGGGAACUCCGACCUUUUGCAAUUCACGAUGCAGGUGGUGAAAAGCGAGGUCAAUUCGAGUGGGCACAAUUAUGAGUUCAUGGUCGUGAGGCCAACACGGGAUAAGGUGUGGAGCAAGAAGACGGAUAUGUGGUUCAAGUUGAGCGAGAGGAAGAGGAACAAGAUAUACGAUUUCUUGUUCCUUCAAACGCGUCCGAGGAGGGACACUGACGCCGAGUACAUCCGCUGGAAGGACCACAUGUUGGCACUGCUCGACAACUACCGCUUCGCCUCCCGCAUGAACGCGAAGACGUUUAUCGAAAGGCUGCAGUCGCUGUACUUCGUGGAGUUCGAGGAGCAGUUGAAGUUAGCCAGUUACGCUUCCCUGAUCUCCACUGACAACGAGGAAGCCAUAGGUGUGGAGUUUGUCGCCAACGCAAAGGAGGAGGAGAGCGACACGGAGAGCAUCGACCUGCAGUACGACCCGCCUCCGGCGGACCAUGGCCGAGGGUCCUCGUCGGCCGAUCCAUCACCAAGCGCUGCAGCCCUCGUGUCACCAUUGGCCAAACCGGCGUCGGGCACCACGCCGAUGAAGUUGCUGGAGAGACUUAGAGCUCUGGCCGCCCCCCCGCCCGCUUUGCGUCCCGGGUCCGUUGUCCAGCCCGAUCAUCCGUCUUGGAAGAAUGACAACAUCCACUUCCUGCUUGAACCACAACGUCAUUCACCUGAGCAGGAUUGGGGUCAUGACAUGGUUUGGCAUCCGGAAGUCAUCCAGCCAGCGAUACGAAAUGGCGAGUGGGUCAUGGCCAUGGCAAUCCCGGGCGCGGGAUGGGUGUCAUUCCCACGCGAGUCAAAGUUCAACUUCCUGCACCUCGCGAGGAUUUCGGUCCUCCAGAAAGUGAAGGUCGAAAAUGACACUUUAGCACCCGGCGACCUGUCCCUCAUUUCCACUGCCGGUCGACUUUUUGACGAGCUUCAGGACAAGUGCUGGUUGGAAUUGACGGAGGACUACUACGAGCUCGACACGAGUCCGUCGAAGGGCGUGGUGGACUGGAAAGUGCCCCCUCCCAAUGGGCCGGACGGUGGUUCCGGGGGGGUGACACCUGGAAGCGGAGGGGAUGGGGGUGGCGACGCAGGGGGUGGCAAAGGAAUCCCGCCUAUGGGGGAGAGAGGGUCUCACUGCCGCAACACGACACCGAGAGGCAGCGCCGGGGUGGCGGGUUUCGCCGUCGACCGGACUCCGUCGACAGGCACCCGGCCCGAGCACACGACACACUCCGCCGACCCCCAGACUUCGUCCGUGGGCUCAGCGAGGGACACGCUGGCAGCCUUGGUUGCUCUAGGCAUUCGCUCGGCCGGAAAGCCGAAGUCCGCCGGGAUCCGAACUACGUCGGGUGAGGAGCCGCCAGAGCGGUCCGGAAUGCAAAGCUGCUCGGGGUCGAAGGAUCAAACCACGGAUCGAAAAAUUCGCAGCAUUGCGGCACGAGACGGAGACGUCGGAACAGUGUCGCCUAAGCAGGAGAGACGGCCGCAAGGAUUGCAGCGGGAGGCUGCAAGUGCAGGGUCCGGCGACACGGAGACCACGAAGUCCGCCGAGAUCCGAACUUCUUCGGGCGGGGUUUGUCGGCCAGGGAUUGUCGUGCCGUUGAGAGGGGCAGCGUGCACGGGGACGGAAGGGCGGUCCUCGCGAUUCGGCACGGGUACUGCGGAAGGGGACGAGUUUCGUAGGAGGGAAGUAGGGGAGGAAACGGAGGAACAGAAGGGAGCGCAAGAAGGGGAGGAAGAAGAGGAAGAAGAGGUGGAAGGGGAGGAAGCGGGAGAAACGGAGUUAAUUGAUUUGUUUGAAGGAAGGGAGGGUGUCGGGUCUGGAGAAGACGAAGUGGAACACAGUGAGAACGAUGCCGGAUCAGGAGAGUUGUCUGACGAGUUCGGACAACUGUACGGAGAGCAUCACGAAGAUGAUGUCGACGACGAUGCCACGGCAAUAGAGAUGGAGACACAAGUGGUCAGCAACCUUUCCGCAAAGCCUGAAGAUUAUGCGGUCCGGCCACUGACGUCUGCUAUCGACUUGCAGCACUGAUUCGACGAGGCUUCCAUCGCUAUCAGCUCGUCUGAAAAAAGUCGACGUAUAAGCAUCGACGAAGU